AUGUGGAUCAACAGCAGUGCUUCACCGUUCCUACUCACUGGCUUCCCAGGAAUGGAGAGGGUACAUCACUGGAUCUCCAUUCCACUGUUGAUGGUCUACCUCUCCAUCCUACUUGGUAAUGGCACACUUCUGUUUCUUAUCAGGGAUGACCAUAACCUCCAUGAACCCAUGUACUAUUUCUUAGCUAUGUUGGCAGCCACAGACCUUGGAGUGACAGUGACCACAAUGCCCACAGUUCUGAGAGUUUUGUGGUUAAAUCACAGAGAGAUUAGCCAUGGGGCCUGCUUCUCUCAGGCUUAUUUUAUCCAUACUCUUUCAAUCAUCGAGUCUGGUGUCUUACUUGCCAUGGCUUAUGACCGUUUCAUUGCUAUCCGCAACCCCUUGAGAUAUUCUUCCAUUCUAACCAACACUCGAGUAAUAAAAAUUGGGCUGGGGGUAUUGACAAGGGCUGGCCUAUCAAUCAUGCCGAUAAUUAUCCACCUGCACUGGUUUCCCUAUUGUCGAUCUCAUGUACUGUCUCAUGCCUUUUGUCUACACCAAGAUGUCAUCAAGUUAGCCUGUGCUGACAUCACUUUCAAUCGUCUCUAUCCAGUUGUGGUUGUAUUUGCAAUGGUUUUGCUGGACUUUCUCAUAAUAUUUUUCUCCUACGUCUUGAUUCUUAAGACUGUCAUGGGCAUUGCCUCGGGAGAAGAAAGGGCCAAGGCUCUCAACACAUGUGUCUCCCAUGUUUGCUGCAUUUUGGUCUUCUAUGUGACUGUAGUUGGUUUGACAUUUAUCCAUAGGUUUGGAAAACAUGCUCCUCGAGUGGUCCAUAUCACAAUGAGCUACAUAUAUUUCCUUUUCCCCCCUUUUAUGAACCCUGUUAUCUACAGCAUUAAAACCAAGCAGAUCCAGAGUGGCAUAAUCCGCCUGUUCUCUGUGAUUCAUUCUAGACCCUGA